UGGCAGUAACAGCUGGUUAGGUAUUUUGGUACAUUCACAAUUUCAAUCGUUAAGAAGUAUAAAUCAAAGAUACAUUGUAAACUGGAUUCUUUUGGAAGUCCUGUCAGUUGUGAAGGUAAUUGCAUUUGAGCUAUGGAUGUCUGUAUCGCACUUGUUAAAAUUGAACCAAAACAAGAAGAAGAAGUAAAUGUAUCGCUUGAAGAAAACAUUUUUGUAAGCAAUGAUGGUUUGGCAACGAUAAAGGAAGAACACUAUGAGACUACAUCUGGCGGUAGCAACUGUGAUUAUGCUACAACUAGUAAGAGAGUUUCAACGAAGCUCUUUCUCAAACAUAAAAUUUCUAAAGAAUUUAAAUGUGACCUUUGUGAUUACGCAACACAUGUUAAAAUAUCUCUUAAAAAACAUCUUGUAAAACACAAAAUGUGUAAAGAGUUCAGUUGUGACAUUUGCGAUUAUGUCACAAAACGUCAAAGCCAUUUGAAACGACAUCUAGUAACACACAAUGUUGCGAAAGACUUUAAAUGUGACAUUUGUGAUUAUGCAACAGGUUCAAAGGAUAAUCUUAAAAAACAUCUCGUAAAACACAAAGUUUGUAAAGAUUUCAAUUGUGAAACUUGUGAUUAUGUUACAAAACGGAAAGACGACUUGAAACGACAUCUUGUAACACACACUGUCGUGAAAGAGUUUAAAUGUGACAUUUGCGAUUAUCCCACAAAACGUAAAUACGAUUUGAAACGACAUCUAUUAACACACAAUGUCACAAAGAUGUUCAAAUGUAACAUUUGUAAUUAUGCCACAAAUCUUAAAGGGCCUUUGAAACGACAUCUAUUAACGCACAAUGUUGCAAAAGACUUUAAAUGUGACAUUUGUGAUUAUGCAACAAGUGUAAAAGAUAAUCUUACACGACAUCUCGUAAAACACAAAAUUUGUAAAGAUUUCAAUUGUGAAACUUGUGAUUCUGUUACAAAACGAAAAGACGACUUGAAACGACAUCUUUUCACGCACAAUGUUGCAAAAGACUUUAAAUGUGACAUUUGUGAUAUUGCUACGAAUAGUAAGCAGAAUGUAAGAAGUCAUCUAUUAUCACACAAAGACUUAAUUAAAUGAAAAUAU